AUGGCUACCGCGUCUACUGAUAACGAUACUCCCGAGCUGGCAGAGGCGUACGCCGCGAUGAACGAGCCCCAGUUCAAAUUCGGCCUCAAGAUGCUCGAACAGCUAGACAUUCAAAGCGGGAUGGUGGUGGUAGACGUCGGCUGCGGAACGGGCGAACUCGCACUUCACGUCGCCGAGCGCUUCGGGUGCAAAGUCAUUGGCAUCGAUCCCGAGGAUAAGCGCAUCGAGAUCGCGAAAAAACGCGUGCAGGAGAAGGGCUGUGCGAAUGUCGAAUUUUACGUUUGCAGCGCCGAGGAUCUUGACAGCCGCGUGGAAUGCGAGGUCGACAUCUUCUUGUUGAGUUCUGUGCUCCACUGGCUCAGUGACCCAGUUGUCGUACUCAAGGCCAUGCACAAACGCUUGCGCGUCGGAGGGCGGGUUGGGAUUACCACCCCAGUCGCUGGAGCGAGCCUGUCGUCGCCGAAGGCUGACGCGCUCUCCGUGCCGCCUUUCAAUGCGUUCACUCCGACCUACUUAUCCACGUCGUUCUCGGAGGAACGACUUCGUGAGAUCUUUGCUGGGGCAGGGUUCGCUCAUCCGUCCAUCACCCUCUUGCGCAUGCAUUUGGCAUUCGACGACGUGGACGCCUUGCUGUCCUGGAUCAGCGCUAGUUCGUUUGGAAACUUCUGGCGUCUCGAUUACAUACCGGAAGCCCUUCACGAAGAAGCCAAGAAGGCGAUCGUUCGUGAAUUUACAUCUAGAUACGGGGAUAGUUUUGGUCGAAUAUCUUGUACUGGAGUCGUUCACGCCACAGUUCUCAUCAAGUAG